AUGGGCGACCUCGCCAACCGCAAGGUGUUCAAGGUGUUCAACCAGGAGUUCAUCGUCGACGAGCGCUACAAUGUGACCAAGGAGCUGGGACAGGGUGCUUAUGGCAUCGUUUGUGCGGCUACCAACAACCAGACAGGCGAAGGCGUGGCUAUCAAGAAGGUCACCAACGUCUUCAGCAAGAAGAUCCUCGCAAAGCGUGCCCUGCGCGAGAUCAAGCUGCUGCAACACUUCAGAGGCCACCGCAACAUAACAUGUCUCUACGACAUGGACAUUCCCCGCCCGGACAACUUCAAUGAGUGCUACCUCUAUGAAGAGCUCAUGGAGUGUGACCUGGCAGCCAUCAUCCGCUCUGGCCAGCCGCUCACCGACGCCCAUUUCCAGUCCUUCAUCUACCAAAUUCUGUGCGGUCUGAAGUACAUCCACUCAGCAAACGUCCUCCAUCGCGACCUCAAGCCCGGUAACCUACUCGUCAACGCCGACUGCGAGCUCAAGAUCUGUGACUUUGGUCUCGCAAGAGGUUUCUCCAUGGAUCCCGAAGAGAAUGCAGGUUACAUGACUGAAUAUGUCGCUACGCGAUGGUACAGAGCUCCCGAGAUCAUGUUGAGCUUCCAGAGCUACACGAAAGCCAUCGACGUAUGGUCAGUAGGCUGUAUUCUUGCUGAGCUUCUCGGAGGCAAGCCCUUCUUCAAGGGCCGGGAUUACGUCGACCAACUGAACCAGAUCCUGCACUAUCUUGGAACACCAAACGAAGAAACACUCUCACGUAUCGGCUCGCCUCGUGCCCAGGACUACGUUCGCAAUCUACCAUACAUGCAAAAGAUUUCGUUCCAGUCACUAUUUAGGAACGCCAAUCCAGACGCGCUCGACUUGCUCGACCGCAUGCUCGCUUUUGACCCAUCGAGCCGUAUCUCAGUCGAAGAAGCCCUGGAGCACAGGUAUCUACAAAUCUGGCACGACGCCUCCGACGAGCCUUCCUGCCCAACAACGUUUGAUUUCCAGUUUGAGGUCGUCGAGGAGAUUCCAGAGAUGAAGAAGAUGAUUUUGGACGAAGUCAGUCGCUUCCGCCAGAUGGUCCGCGUACAACCCGGUGCAGGCGCUGGGGCGAACCAGGCGCCUCAAGUCCCAAUACCCAACAACUAUGAUCGCGCCGGCUACGAAGACCCUAGGCCACAAGAAGCCUUCAACCAGGGUGGAUGGAACGGCAGCGACUUGGAGCGUGACCUUCAAGGCCUUGACGGUCGCAUGCGAUGA